ACAAAUGGAGGAAUCAGCUUCUUCUUCUUCUUCUUCUUCUUCUUCGUCAUUUUAUUUUUCAAAACGAAGACCAGAGAGAGAGAGAGCUAUAUUGGAGACGAAUCCCUAAUUCUUCUCGGGUCUUAAUCUGCUGAAUUUGUUCAUCUCUUUCUUCUUCAGGGUUUGAUUGGUGGAUAAAAAAGGAAGCUGAAUCAGCUUCAGAUUUGUAUUUGUAAAUUUUUUUGCUCCGAUCAAGACAAUAAGAAGGCUUUCUGAGGAGUUAUGGGAUAUCUCAAUUCUGUGUUGUCAUCUUCGAGUCAGGUUCAUGCUGACGAUGGACCUGUUAGCGGCGGCGGCCUCAGUCAAAACGGGAAGUUCAGCUAUGGAUAUGCAAGCUCUCCUGGUAAAAGAUCUUCAAUGGAGGACUUCUAUGAGACUAGAAUCGAUGGCGUUGAUGGCGAAAUAGUUGGUCUAUUUGGUGUCUUUGACGGUCAUGGAGGUGCACGUGCCGCUGAAUAUGUGAAGCAAAAUCUGUUCAGUAACCUGAUCAGGCAUCCAAAGUUCAUCUCUGAUACCACAGCAGCUAUAGCUGAUGCAUACAACCAAACAGACUCGGAGUUUCUCAAAUCAGAAAAUAGUCAGAACAGAGAUGCUGGUUCAACAGCGUCAACAGCCAUCUUAGUUGGUGACCGUUUACUUGUUGCAAAUGUAGGGGACUCUAGAGCUGUUAUAUGCAGAGGUGGCAAUGCUAUUGCUGUAUCCCGAGAUCACAAGCCUGAUCAAAGUGAUGAGCGUCAAAGAAUUGAGGAUGCAGGAGGAUUUGUCAUGUGGGCUGGAACAUGGAGAGUUGGUGGAGUUCUUGCUGUUUCUCGUGCAUUUGGCGAUAGGUUGCUGAAGCAGUAUGUUGUUGCUGAUCCGGAGAUACAGGAGGAGAAAGUUGAUAGCUCUCUCGAGUUUCUCAUUCUUGCAAGUGAUGGUCUCUGGGAUGUCGUAUCUAACGAGGAAGCCGUAGGCAUGAUCAAGACGAUAGAAGAUCCCGAGGAAGGUGCAAAGAGACUGAUGAUGGAAGCUUACCAAAGAGGAAGUGCAGACAACAUAACUUGUGUCGUCGUACGUUUCUUUUCAGACCAAGCAGGAGGAGUAGGUUCCAGCAGCAACAGUGUCCCAAUCGAUCAUGGUAUCAAUCCGGACUCAUCAACCUAGUUUUAACAUUGGUAACGUCCAUUCGGUGUGAUCUCAAAACAGGUGAAUCCGGGAGAUUAUAUAUUGUUAUAGAAAGGUCGAAGGUUUUCAAGAAUAUACAGACAAAAAACUCACACACGAACGUUUUUUUUCUGUGUCGUGUUAUAUCUUUUGUUGUUGUUACUUGUUAUACAUUUGUUAAUUGGGCAUGUAGCGAAACAUAGAAUAAGUGUAUUAGUACAAGUUCUGAUUCAUUCUA